AUGGCUAAUGAUUCUAAGAAUAAGCGUCCGGAGUUAAAGACUCUAAUUCCUUUAGAGAAACAUGCUUCUGAGUUGUUUACAACAACAAUUUUCUAUGAAUUUCAAUAUGAGCUUGAAAUUGGAUGUUUUAAUUGUGGUGUUGAGGAGAUAAAGAAGGACAAUGAGCUUUACAUUUUCAAAUUGAGGGAAGGAUCUAGGAGGAGGACUUUUGAUGUUGUUUUUAAUCCAACUACCUUAGAAACCAAGUGUUUUUGUAAAAUGUUUGAACGUGAAGAAGGUAAUAUGUUGGAGAAAUGUAUCAAUGCAAUAGAUAAGAAGAUGUUAUUGAAUGAUUUGUGGUCCAAAAUUCAUUCUUGUGUGAGUUUAGUGCAAAACAAUGAAGAUGAUCUUAGUGAUCUUGUCAACAAACUUCAUGCUUUGAGGAUGAAUUUAGAACAUAAGAAAACCACUAAUGCAAGCAACACUCUUUCUACCAAAGCAAAAGAUAUUGAAAUGCUUAUUGGAGCUACUCUACCUUCUAAAGUUUUAAUCAAACCUCCUAACAUUUCGAAGAACAAAGGCACGGGGGUUCAUGUUCCAAAUCAGGUCAACGUUCCAAUUGAUGUCCAUGUUCCAAAUGAGGUUCAUGUUCCAAAUGAUAUCCAUAUUCCAACUAAUGUAAAACAUGUAUUUUAUGUUUUAAACUUACAUUGUCUAGUUCUAGUCCCGAAUUCCAUUGUUUUACAGAAUCUCCUUCAUAUGUUUCCAUAUAUGCUUCAAUAG